CAAAAGCGCGCAAAAGGAGCAAAUUGCAAGCUCUUGUUGCGGCGGUGGUGUGCGGCCUGCCCGACCGGUGUGGCUUUCACUUGCUCGACCACUGCAGAGGCCAAGGGCAGAACGCAGGCAAGGAGGUUCCAGUGCAAUUCUUUCCGGGGGGUCCUUGCAUUGACCCGUCACCGGUGGUUUGUAGGCAGAACAGGACGAGGGCGAUUUUGUUGUUGCGCGGCACUCGGCGGCCAUGGCGAUGGGCCGGAUCAGCAUGCGCCGCGUCGUGCGCGCUCUCGUGGUUCUGGUCGUGUUGGGCUUUGCGGGCAAGGUGCUGUUGGACAUGAAUAGCGAGCCCGAGGGCCUCGAGGCCCGGAUCGCGCAGGAUCUCAGCCCAGAAGACCGCAAGCGUGCCCUUGAUCCGGGGCGUGACCGCUCUCAAUACCCCGGUCAAGCCCACUGGCGCAUGCACGGCAUUUUGGGCCUCAAGCCCGAUGGCACUCCGGGUUUGCCGCCCAAACCGUGCCCGACCAACUACAACAUGGCCCAGGAGCUGUCCAACAACGGCUUCUUUGGCCGCCUCAGUGACUGUCUGCCCCUGGAUCGCAACAUUACUGAUGCUCGCCACAAGCUCUGUGCAAGGGUACAAUACGACCUCGACACGCUUCCAGAGACGUCAGUGGUCUUUGUCUUUUACGACGAGUGGCUGACCGUUCUCAUGCGUUCCGUACACAGCGUUCUAAAUCGCACCCCGCCCCAACUCCUGCGCGAGAUCAUCCUGGUGGACGACGGCAGCAGCAAGCCCUGGCUUCAGAAACCGCUGGAAGACUACAUCAAGCUGCUGCCCAAGGUCCGACUCAUCCGCAACGGCCAACGACUGGGCCUUGUCAAGGCGCGUCUGGCCGGCAUCCGCGCGGCCACCGCUGAAACUUUUACUGUCCUGGACAGUCACAUUGAGGUCGAGGAGGGAUGGUGUGAACCCCUCAUGGCGCGCAUCAAGGGCGAUCGCCGUCGCAUGCUCAUGCCUCAGAUUGACGGUGUUGAUCAGGAAACCUUUGAGCCCCUGGUGGGUGGCAUUGGCUGCUCGCUGGGCUUCUUGUGGAACCUGAUUGAGCACGCCAUCCCAAUUCAGCCAAAGGACCAGGCUCUGCGCAACUCGCCCAUCGACGCCGUGCGCUCCCCUACCAUGGCAGGUGGCCUCUUCACGGCCAAUCGCGACUACUUUUUGGAGCUUGGCGGCUACGAUGAUCAGUUUGGCUUCUGGGGCACAGAAAACCUCGAGCUCUCGUUCCGUCUCUGGCAAUGCGGGGGUUUCUUGGAGUGCAUGCCUUGCAGUCGCAUCCACCACAUCUUCCGCAAGGGUGGGCACGCCUAUUCCCUGCCACAGGGGCACGUGGCCAAGAACAAACUACGAACCGCGGCCGUCUGGAUGGACGACUACGCCUUUAUUGUUCACGAAGCGUUGGGUAUCAAGCCCGAGCAACUCGAGCAGAUGGGGGACAUCAGCGACAUGUUGGAGCUUCGUGAUCGCCUGCAGUGCAAAAACUUUGACUGGUACCUCAAGAACGUGUACCCAGAAAGCAUCAUUACCGAUCGUGCGGACAUCAAGGCCUUGGGCAUGAUCAAGAAUCCGGCCAGCAAUCAGUGCCUGGACACGCUGCAAAAGUCUUGGGCCGACUCGCCCGUGGGGGUGUACGGAUGCCACGGUCAAGGUUCUCAGCGCUUCCUCACGCUGUCCAAGACCCACGAGAUUCGCCCUGUGGCCAACCUUGAGCUCUGCCUCACCUCCCGACUCACCAUCACCUGGUGCGAGGCCAGCCGUGAUGCCAAGUUUGAGUUUACUCCGGCUGGGCUGGUGCAGAACAAGCACAAUGGCCGGUGCUUGCGUGUGGACGAGACCCCCAAACUGGCCUUUGCUGACUGUGACGAGAACGAUGCCCGGCAAAAGUGGAUCUUCCCAGACGAAUCGCCGCCCCGAGUUUAGAGCCUUGAACAUCAUGUAAAAUGAUUUUGCCCCAAUGAUCACACGUGCAUUGCCACGCCAGGUCUUGAAUGUUGGAAGAUUUCCGAGU